AUGACAGAUUUACAGGCUGAGAGGAACGAGGUGUGUCGGAUGAAGCCCGAUGCGUUUCUACUCUCAGAUUGUCACGGGACCCGACCAGCACUACGAAACCCUGCUCCCAUCCAGGGACCGACCAGGACCAACGCUUCGCUCCCUAUCCAGGCCUACGCAGGAUACGCGACCAGUGACCAAAUCCCUGCUGUCCCAACCCAAGGAACCGACCAGCGACCUAACCCUGUUCCCACCAAGGGACGAACCCGAAGACAAACGCUUGUUCCGCGCACCCAGACGGCACCGACCAGGACCAACCCUUGUUCCGAUUCCAGGGACGCGACCAGGGACAACGCCCUGGUUCUCACCCAGGAACCAAAACCUAGGAUACCAACCCUGUCCACCAGGGCAAACGACCAGACAACCCUGUUCCCAUCCAGGAACACCCGACCAGACCAACCUUGUUCCCAGCCCGGACACGCGCUAAGGACCAACCCUGUGCCCAUCACGGGACUCACGACCCAGACCAACCCGUGCUCCCACCAGGUAACGCCGACCAGGCAUCCAACCCCUGCUCCCAUCAGCGAACCCGUCCAGAUCCACCCCUCUGUUCCCACCCAGGACACGCCAGGACCAACCUCUGUUCCCAAUCCAGUGCACCGACCAGGACACAACCCUCUUCCCACCAGACACCGCACCAGAAACCAAGCCCACGUUCCCCCACCCAGGGGGAAGUCCCGACCAGGACCAACCCUGUUCCCACCCAGGAACCGACCAGGACCAACCCUGUUCCCACCCCAUGGGCACCGACCCAGGCACCAAACCCUAGUUCCCACCCUAGGGAACCCGACCAAGGACCAACCCUGUUCCCACCCAGGAACCCGCACCAGACAACACAACCGCUCUUAG